AUGUGGACACUUUUAAUCGCAUUGAUUAUUACAAUUACCACAAACUAUACAAAUGGACAGUCGGCCAACUUUACUGAUUGUGGGGGUGGCAAUGUUAAAGACGUCCGUAUCAUACCAUGUAGUGGUGAUCCCUGUGUUCUCAAAUUGGGAACCAAUGUUACCGUUGAGGCAGACUUUGUCUCUCCUCUUAAUACAAACAAAUUAUCGGAAGUUAUUAAGGGUGUCAUCAGAGGUAGAGAACUGCCAUUUCCAGAGCAAAGAGCUGAUCCUUGCAGUUCUGGUAAUAUAGUACCAGAUUGUCCGCUGAAAAAAGGAAAGAGCUAUCAAUUUAAGGCUACUUUUGAAGUCAAACCAUUUUACCCACCGAUAUCCAUAAAAGUGAAGUACAGUUUAACUGAUCCGACGGGACAGAGUGUGGUCUGUGUUCAAGUGGCGGCCAAAAUAGUAGAUCCGACGCCGAAACCAACAAAUUCAAGGUCAAGAAGUUCAAGACCAAAGUCGCGAUCAAAUAAACCAAAAAGCAAUUGA